AUGAUGGACAGCUCAGGAGCCAAGCCGAGGGAGGUGGGGAGCCGCAGGCGUGAGAGGCGGGGGCGCCGCGCAGCCUUUCGCCAUACUUCCCUUGCCCCGCCCCUCCGCGCGAUCCGCCCCCAACGCCGGUGGGCGGGGCCCGACCCCCUCCUUAAAGCGGUGGCCCACCUCGGGCGGGGGCUAGUGCUACGUUCGGCUGCGUUCCAGCGGGCUAUCGCAGGCCCCCCCCGCCGCCGCAGUGUCCCAGCUGCUGUUGCCCCCGCAGGCAGCCUCUGGCCCCCCGGGCCGCCCAGGCACCGUGCUGGGCGCCAUGGAGAUGGAGCGGCCGUGCCCCUCUUCCGGGAGCGCGGCCACACCGAUAUGGACACGGCCCUAGCGUAGUCCGAGAGCAUCCUGGGCGGCCUGGGGCUCCGGCUGGGCGGUGGCGACUGCAGAGUGAAAAUCACCACCAAGGCCAAUCCAGUGGGUGAAAAGUCUCUGAAACCUGACAGCCUCUGGUCCCAGCUGGAGACGUCACUGAAGUGGAUGCAGUGCCCCCGAGUAGACCUCUUUUACCUGCACCUGCCGGACCACGGCACCCCCAUGGAAGAGACACUGCGUGCCUGCCACCAGCUGCACCAGGAGGGCAAGUUUGUGGAGCUUGGCCUCUCCAACUAUGCUGCCUGGGAAGUGGCCGAGAUCUGUACCCUGUGCAAGAGCAACAACUGGAUCCUGCCCACUGUGUACCAGGAAAAUUUGGGGUCCCAUGCGCCCUCUCCAGCUGGCCCUUCUGCCUGCAGGGCAUGUACAACGCCACCACCCAGCAAGUGGAGACAGAGCUCUUCCCCUGCCUCAGGACUGAGGGGGCCUGCUGACCGGCAAGUACAAGGAUGGGGACAAGGAUGGGUAACAACCUGUGGGUCGUUUCUUUGGGACCAAUUGGGCAGAGAUCUACAGGAAUCGGGCGUUCAGGGGGACGCAGUCAUCCUGGGCAUGUCCAGCUUGGAGCAGCUAGAACAGAACUUGGUGGCCGCUGAGGGAGAGCCCCUGGAGCUGGCCGUCAUGCAGGCCUUUGAUCAGGCCUGGCACCUGUCUGCCCAUGAAUGUCCGAACUACCUCCACCAGGCCUAGUCCUGACUUGGGGUGGCAGAGGACACACUCCAUCUAUCACCUUUUAUUCUCUCAACCAGUCAGUUCUGACUUUAAGCUGCUUUAUGUAGCUAGUUCUUUCCUCACAGUCCCAGUUCACAAACUGUUUGUUUGUCUCCUAUGUUCUUCUUAAUACUCCCAGUUGCCUUCAUCAUGUAAAAAGCCCAGGGCCUCAGGCAUUUCCUGUCUGAGUAAAGAGGCACUAACCUGGCUGGAGCCAGGCCCACAGUGAA